AUGAUUGCUGGACCCUGGUUAACGGUGUGGUGUGUUUAUGAACUGGGACCUACUUCAGGGUCAAAAUUAAAAGUUCCUGAACUGAGUAUAAAUGGCACACAGCACGUCAUCCAAGCGGGCCAGACUUUAAAUCUCACAUGCAGGGGGGAAAUGGUUCAUUCAUGGUCCCUGCCUGAAACACUAAGUAAAGACAGCAAAAGGCUGAAAGUAAUUAAAUAUGCCUGUGGAAGGAAUGGGAAACAGUUCUGUAGUAGUCUGACCUUGAGCAGAACUCAAGCAAAAGACACUGGAUACUAUGGCUGCAAAUACCCAUCCUCAAGUGCUGUAAAAAAGAAGAUAGAACCUACGGUCUAUAUAUUUAUUAACGAUACAGGAAGUCCAUUUGUAGAGCUGCACAGUGACAUACCUAAAAUUAUACACAUGAUUGAUGGAAGAGAAAUGAUCAUACCAUGCAGAGUCACAGCUCCAGACACUGCUGUUACUUUAAAGAAGAUCCCACUAGAGACGCUGAAUCCUGAUGGGAAGACAAUAGUUUGGGACAGUACGAAAGGCUUUAUUAUCCCCAAGGCAACAUAUAAAUUCAUUGGGCUCCUUAGCUGUGAGACAAUCAUUGAUGGGCAUAAGUACAGCACAAAAUAUCUAACACACCGACAAACCAACACAAUUUUUGAUGUCCAGUUAAGCACCCCAGGUCUGGUCAAACUGUUGAAAGGGGACAGCCUUGCAAUUAACUGUACUGUUGCUGCAGCGUGGAACACAAGAGUUCAGAUGACCUGGAGUUAUCCUGGAGAGGCAAACAAGAGAGGUUCUAUAAUCCAACGCAUUGACCAAAAAAAUACAGAAGCUAAUAUUUUUUACAGUAUUCUAGUUGUUGACAAAGUACGUGAUAUUGAUAAAGGCCAGUAUACCUGCUAUGUGAAGAGUGGACCAUCAAUCAAAUCUGUUAACACAACAGUUCGUGUUUAUGAUAAAACAUUUAUUAAUUUGAAACAUCGAAGAAAAAGUGUGCUUGAAGCUGUAGCUGGAAGAAAGUCCUAUCGGCUAUCAAUGAAAGUGAAGGCAUUUCCUACACCAGAGGUUGUAUGGUUAAAAGAUGGAUUACCUGCUGCUGAAAAGUGUGCCCGGUAUGUGGUUAAAGAUUAUUCAUUAAUCAUUAAGGAUGUAGCUGAAGAGGAUGCAGGAGAUUACACUAUAGUUCUGAAUAUACGACAGUGGAAUUUAUCUAAGAACCUAACAGUCACACUCAUAGUAAAUGUGAAACCUCAGAUUUAUGAAAAUGCUGUGUCAUCAUUUCCUGAUCCUAAUCUCUAUCUACUGGGCAGCAAUCAAGUGCUGACUUGCACUGUUUAUGGUAUUCCUCAGCCUAAAAUUACAUGGAUUUGGCAUCCUUGUAGACAAAAUCGUUCCAAAGCAAGGUAUGGCUUUUGCUCUAACACUGAGGGAUCUUUCACCUUGAAACCUGGCAGUAUCACAGGAAACAGAAUACAGAGCAUCACUGAGCGCAUGGCAGUAAUAGAAGGGAAGAAUAAGACUGCUAGCAUUCUGGUUGUAGCUGAAGCCAAAUCGUCUGGAAUUUACAGCUGUGUGGCUUCCAACAAAAUAGGGACAGUUGAAAGAAAUGUUAGCUUUUAUGUAACAGAUGUACCAAAUGGAUUUCAUAUUAAGUUGGAAAAAAUGCCCAUUGAAGGAGAGAACCUGAUAUUGUCCUGUUCGGUCAGCAAAUUCCUGUACAAAGACAUUGCCUGGAUUUUACCAAGGACAGUUAAUCAAACAAAAGCAAAAAAACCUCUUACUAAGGAGUACUCCAUUACCCUCCCUCUCACCAUCAAGAGUGUUUCCCUGGAACACUCAGGCACCUACACCUGCAGAGCACAGAACAUAUACACAGGAAAAGAAGUGCUUCAAAAGAAAGAUGUUACAAUUAGAGCUCAAGAAGCCCCAUCCCUCCUGCGCAACCUCAGUGAUCAGACAGUGAACUCCAGCAACUCUGCUGCGUUAGAAUGUCAAGUGCAAGGCAUCCCAGAGCCCCAGAUAUUCUGGUUUAAAAACCACGAAGAAAUACAUGAAGAACCAGGAAUAAUUUUAGGACCAGGAGGCAGAAUGCUGUUUAUUGAAAGAGUCAAAGAAGAGGAUGAGGGACUGUACCAGUGUGUAGCCACCAACUUGAAAGGCUCGGUGGAGAGUGCAGCUUAUGUCACAGUACAAGGAACACCUGAGAGAUCAAAUCUGGAACUAAUAACUCUGACCUGUACCUGUGUGGCUGCUACACUCUUCUGGCUCCUACUGACGCUCUUCAUACGCAAGCUCAAGAGGCCUUAUUCUUCGGACAUAAAGACCAAUUACCUGUCAAUCAUAAUGGAUCCUGAGGAAGUCCCCUUAGAUGAGCAAUGUGAACUUCUUCCUUAUGAUGCCAGCAAAUGGGAAUUUGCAAGAGAAAGGCUAAAACUAGGAAAAUCACUUGGCCAUGGGGCUUUUGGGAAAGUGAUACAAGCGGCUGCUUUUGGAAUUAAAAAAUCACCCACAUACAGAAUAGUUGCUGUGAAAAUGCUGAAAGAAGGUGCCACAGCAAGUGAAUACAAAGCUUUGAUGAGUGAAUUGAAAAUCCUGAUACAUAUUGGGCAUCAUCUAAAUAUAGUAAACCUUCUUGGAGCUUGCACAAAAAGUGGAGGGCCUCUGAUGGUUAUUGUUGAAUAUUGCAAAUAUGGAAACUUAUCAAACUAUCUGAAAAGCAAAAGAAGUUUUUUCUUUCCAAGCAAGGAUGCAUCAUUGCAAGUGGAUCAGAUGAAAGAAAAAAAGAAUACUGAACUGGUGGAAGGUGAAAAACAAAGGCUGGCUAGUGUCACCAGCAGUGAGAGCUUAGCAAGCUCUGGCUUUCAGGAAGAUAAAAGUCUGAGUGAUGUGGAAGAGGAUGAUGAGGAGUCUGCUGAGUUUUACAAAUUGCCCCUUACAAUGGAAGAUCUGAUUUCCUACAGUUUUCAGGUGGCGAGAGGCAUGGAGUUCUUGUCAUCCAGAAAGUGUAUUCAUCGUGAUCUAGCAGCCAGGAACAUCCUUUUAUCUGAGAACAAUGUGGUGAAGAUCUGUGAUUUUGGCCUCGCAAGAGAUAUUUAUAAGAACCCUGAUUAUGUGAGAAAAGGAGAUGCACGACUUCCCCUCAAGUGGAUGGCUCCAGAAUCCAUAUUUGAUAAAAUCUACAAUACAAAAAGCGAUGUGUGGUCUUAUGGAGUACUGUUGUGGGAAAUAUUCUCUUUGGGUGCUUCCCCUUACCCAGGUGUCCAAAUAGAUGAGGACUUCUGCAGCAGACUGAAAGAAGGCACAAGAAUGCGUGCCCCACAAUAUGCGACAACAGAAAUCUACCAAAUCAUGCUGGACUGCUGGCAUGGCAAUCCCAAUGAAAGACCAAAGUUUUCAGAGCUGGUGAAAAGAUUAGGGGACCUGCUUGAAGCAAAAGUGCAACAGGAUGGCAAGGACUAUAUUCCCCUAAAUGCUAUAUUUACUGCAGAUACUGGGUUUGCAUACUCAAGUCCUACUGCACCCAAGUCUCCUUUGAAUGAAGAUGUAUCUGCUCCAAUAUCAAAUUGUGAAAGCACUGAAAAUAUGAGAUACAUAAAUACGUUCAAAAUGAAACCAACUCAAAGAGUGAAGACUUUUGAAGAACUUCCAGUCAAGAAUACCUUUGUAUUUGAUGAUUACCAAGCAGACAGUGGGAUGGUGCUGGCUUCAGAAGAACUGAAACGCUUCACUUGGGCUGACAGCAAACAAAAACAGAUGUUCUUUGGUCUGAAAGCUGGCAGCAGGAGCAAGGAGUCUGUUCUUUCUGGAAUGACCAAGCCAAGUUUCUUCAGUUUCAGCUGUGGCCACCUCAGUGAAGCUAGUCGAAGACUUGCUUAUGGCAGCUUGGUGCUGGAGAAGAUGAAGACGUGCAAGUCUCCCCCUCCUGACUACAAUGCCAUGGUCUUCUAUUCCCAACCCCCUGUGUGAAGAACUGCUUAACAAAGAUUCAGAAUAUGGAUGCAAAAAUGCUUGGAGCCCUUUCAAAAGGGCAGCAGCUGGUGCUUCAAUAGUUGUGCAUGAACAAGCUGAGAAUGAGUCAAAUGCAGCAAAUGCAAAUGCACUAGAGUGUUAAAGUUGGAGUGACUUGCUGUAUUUGAAUUGUUCUCAGCUCGUUCACAUGUAAGUUAGAACAUACCAGCUGCAGCCCUUUUAAAAAGGCUCCAUUCUCUUCAAGCCUACUUUAAUCCGAAACAUCUUCCUCCUCCUCCCCCCCCCAGAUAAACUCUCAAAUUCAAAAGCUUAAA